UGGGUUAAAGGGGCGGGGACAGGGCCGGCCCCUGGAAGGGGGCGGUGCCGGCAAUGCCCCGCCCCCCCGAGGCCGCAGGUAGAGCGAAGCAAAGGAGCUUUGCGGAUUCCGCAGUUCAGGUCGGGCAGGAGGCGAGAGCGCGGCGCGUAAAAACGCAGGAGCAGGGAAGCCAAAAAAAAACAAAAAAAAAAACAACCAACCCCGCAGCGGAGCAGCCCAGCUGAGCCAGGCCAUUCUCUCUCUCUCUCUCCCCUCCCUCCCUCCACUUCCCCUCCCUCUAGCCUGGGCCCGGCGAUGGGGAAGGUCCAGCUCUUCGAGAUCCGCUUGAGCGACAGCCGGGUGGUCUACAGUCCCGGCGAGCCGCUGGUGGGAAGCGUCACCGUUCGCUUUUCAGGAGCUCUCCAAUAUCGCGCCAUCAAAGUGAGCUGCAUGGGCUCCUGUGGAGUAUCCAACAAGAUGAACGACACGGCGUGGACGGUGGAAGAGCAGUAUUUCAAUACCACGCUGUCCCUGGCAGAUAAAGGGAUCUUGGCCUCUGGCGAGCACACCUUCCCGUUCCGUUUUUUGCUGCCAGCCUCAGCCCCCACCUCUUUCGAAGGUCCUUUUGGGAAGGUGAUGCACCAGGUGAAAGCCGUCAUCGAGACCCCGCGGUUUUCCAAGGACCACAAGUGUCACAAAGUCUUCUAUGUUCUCUGCCCGCUGAAUCUGAACGAUAUUCCAGAUAUUGAGCAAUGCAACACCAACUCCAUCACCAAGAAGUUCAGCUACAAGCUUGUGAAAACGGGAAACAUUGUUUUGUCGGCCACCACCGAUCUCAAGGGUUACACCGUUGGGCAGGUCAUCCAGUUGCGAACAGACAUCGAGAACAAAUCUGGCAAGGACACCGGCACCAUUGUGGCAAGUCUUAUCCAGAAAGUGGCCUAUAAAUCCAGGAGGUGGAUUUAUGACUUGAGGAGCAUAGCAGAAGUGGAGGGCUCAGCGGUGAAAGCAUGGAAGCGGGCGGAGUGGAAAGAGCAGAUUCUCGUCCCUGCGUUGCCACAGUCCAUCCUGCAAGGCUGCAGUCUGAUCCACAUCGAUUACUACAUCCAGGUCUCUCUCAAGUCCCCCGAAGUCUCCGUCGCGAUACCCAUUUACAUCGGGAACAUCCCUGUCAACCGGAUCCCCAGGAGCCCCUCCCACUUGGCCCCCAGCAUUCCCUCCCCUGUGGUCCCCAGCGCACCUCCCGAAGAAGAGGAAGCAGCCGGGGGCUUCUCCCACCCCAUGGACAAUAUCUCAAUCCCGACCAAGAGCCAUUCUCAACACCAGCCCUUCAGCUACGCCCCGGGGUUGAGCUUCCCAGAAGCCAGAGUGGAGUCCGAACCCAUCACCUCCCCCAACCGUCCCACGCUCUGCUUGUCCACGGGGUCAACGGUCCCGUAUUAUGCCGAGGGUGCCAUUGUCCCGGUGGUCACAGCCAGUUCUUUGAUCCUACCACCCGAGUAUAGCACCUGGGGUUAUCCGCACGAGGCCCCUCCUUCGUACGAGCAGAGUUGUAGCAGCGCGGCCUCCAGCUUGAGUAACGACAACUAGGCUCUCUGGGCCGGCGAUCCGAAGACGACCACGAUGAAAUCAGGAGAAAGGAACGGUACGCAGCGUCGCUCGGAAGAGGUCGAAGGCCUGCUGGCUGCCGUUCACCAACGCUACGGAUGCUUUCUUACAUCCCACCUGUGACCUGUGCUGCCUCUGUUUUGAUGCUUUUUGACUCUCUAAAAUACCUGCGAUGCCUUAUCGGGAAUGGAACCAGAAUCCAAAAAGGUGGAGGAAGCCUUCGAACAUUUGAAGAUGUAUCGUUUUUCUGGUUUUGGAGCGCUGCUCUAGAAUUCCCACCCUGGGAUUGACUCUCUGGACAGUUCCACAUUGUUCUCCUUCCUUGAUGUUCUGGAGAUGUUUCUAGAGAGCAAGGGAAAUACUGUCAGAGAACUUUUUUUCGACAUUCCCGUGAUCCACGGACAUCCUUUUUUCCCCCCUGCACAACUUAACGGUGUCAACAGGUUAUCGUCAACAGGUCAAUCAGCAGGAGUUCUUGGUGCCUGUAUAUUGUAGCUUUCUCAAAGUUGGAGCUCCGUUGCCACAGGAGAAAGAUGGAAGAUGGACACCAAGUUUUUUCCGUAGUGCCGAGCCAACCAAGAUCUUUCGAAGACCCACGAAGCCCUAAUGUGUUCAAGCCACUUCUGUUGGCCAGGAUCCAUUCCAGAUAACAUCUUCAGGGCAUUAAGUCUCUGAGCAUGACUCAAUCCUCAACGUCUCCUCCUGAAUCCUCCUGAAUGUUGACUUUCCAUCUGGUUGGUAGCAUCUGACAAUCAAUCGCUUGUGUCCAAUUUCUACCUCGGCCUUCCUGUUUUGAAACAAGAUAGAACUUGUGAGAAGGGGGAGAGAGAGGGGGGGGUCGCGGCUCAAAUGUACAGUAUCUAUCUCAUUUUGAAAACAGAAACAAAGACCUUAUAUCUCCAGGACCUUUUGACCACGCUAGGACGUGGUCCUGAUAGUCCCCUUGCCUGCACCAUCAGUUUCUCUGCCUGGUGACCCCUGACCAAUCGUGGCUGGUCAGUUAUUUUUUAAUCAUUUUUUUUAAAAAAAAACAUUUCUUCUUCAAACGGAAGCUUCCCGAGAGAUGCUUCCUCCAACCUCACUGCUUUGAUGAUCUAUCUUCUCUCAAAACAUCAAAGUAGCUUCAGGUGUUUGGUUUGAGAAGUAGGGACCAGGCCUCCUCUAAAUGCAUUUCCUGGGACCUAAACCUGCCCCUAUCUGAUUUCCCUUUCCUUUCCUGUCGACUGUGAAUUACUCAAGGGUUACAAUCUUCCACCCUUUCGCAAAAUCUCAGUUGCAACCCAAGUGGAUGCCUAAAUCCAAUUCUUUUUUUUUGUAAUAAGGUGAUUGAAACCUCUCUCUCUUCUCCUGUCUUGUCUGUCUGUCUCUCUCUCUCUCGGUUUUCGAUCGACCUGUUUCGAUUGUGAGAUUUUUAAAAAAGCGAUUUUAAUGUAUUUAAUAAAUUAUUCUGAGAAAAAAAAAUU